AAGAGACGGGCACCGGAGAGCUGGUCUGCGGGCUCUUUUCACACCUCAAACGGCCUUUUUUCUCACUCUUUUGUGCUGGAAACUAUCAGCGGGCUGUGAGUGAGAGUGAACACGGGCUGAGGCGCAGCUGCUGUCCGCCCCGCAUGGCUCCUGAUCCGCUGGGAACUUCUCCGUAGAGCCGUGCGGGUCUGGUGCGUUUUGGAGGAGGAAGGGGGGGCUGCUGGCUGGAUUAUCACAUAGAUACUGCACACAAAAGCCCAGUGGACAAAAACGCUGUGCCGGAGCCCGGGCCUGGCUGCGGGUCGCGUUGGUUUUACGCAGCGCUUCUUUAACUUUUAUAUUUUAAAUGUUGGAGGAGGAUCCUGGGGACAGCAGGAGUGAACCUGGCGGCGCAGCGGCGACUGCCUCCAACUAGAAGGAAUAUGUGGCUCUCGUGGCUGACUUCUGCACUUCUGCUAGGAACUUUGUGUGCAGGACUGAGCCGUGGGGAGGCCGACACCAGGGACUGUUUGUACUACAAUGUCAACUUUGAGAUCGAGAAGACUAAUCAGAGCGGAGUGGAGCGCUGCGAGGGCGAGAAGGACAAACGCUCGCACUGCUACGCCUCCUGGAGGAACAACUCAGGCUCGAUCGAGCUGGUGAAGAAAGGCUGCUGGCUGGACGACUUCAACUGCUACGACCGGCAGGAGUGUGUGGCCACAGAAGAGAGUCCGCAGGUGUUCUUCUGCUGCUGUGAAGGAAACUUUUGCAAUGAAAGGUUCACACACCUGCCUGACGUCACCGGACCAUUGAUCAAAGCCCCACCCCCCAGUGUUGCCAUAUUAAACCUGAUGGUUUACUGCCUGCUGCCCGUCACCAUGCUGUCCGUCGCUCUGCUCACCGCCAUCUGGAUGUACAGACACAGGAAACCUCCGUAUGGACAUGUGGACAUCGCUGAGGAUCCCGGUCCUCCUCCCGCCUCCCCCCUGCUGGGUCUCAAACCUCUGCAGCUGCUGGAGGUGAAGGCCAGGGGACGCUUUGGCUGCGUCUGGAAGGCCCAGAUGAUGAACGAAUACGUGGCUGUCAAGAUUUUCCCCAUCCAGAAUAAGGAGUCAUGGCAGAACGAAAGGGACGUGUUCCUUACUCCAGGUAUGAGGCAUGAGAACAUCCUGAGGUACAUCGCUGCAGAGAAACGAGGGAGUCACCUGGAGGCCGAGCUGUGGCUCAUCACCGAGUUCCAUGAGAGGGGCUCUCUGUCAGAUUUCCUGAAGGGAAACAUUGUUAGCUGGUCCGAGCUGUGUCACAUAGCCAAGUCGAUGGCGUGCGGCCUGGCUUACCUUCACGAAGACAUCCCCCGACAAAAAGGAGAGGGACCCAAACCAGCCAUUGCCCACAGGGACUUCAAGAGUAAGAACAUAAUGCUGCGUUCAGACCUCACAGCAGUCAUCGGUGACUUUGGUCUUGCCGUUCGCUUCGAGCCAGGGGAGCCACCCGGAGAGACGCAUGGACAGGUCGGAACGAGGCGUUACAUGGCUCCAGAGGUUUUAGAGGGAGCCAUCAACUUCCAGCGAGACGCCUUCCUCCGGAUUGACAUGUAUGCCAUGGGUCUGGUGCUGUGGGAGCUGGUGUCCCGCUGCAAGUCUGUGGACGGUCCAGUGGAUGAGUACAUGCUACCGUUUGAGGAGGAGGUCGGUCAACAUCCAUCACUGGAGGACCUGCAAGAGGUCGUCGUCCACAAGAAGAUGAGACCGGCCCUCAAAGACCUGUGGCUAAAACACAGCGGUCUGGCUCAGAUCUGUGAGACAGUGGAGGAGUGCUGGGAUCAUGAUGCUGAGGCUCGAUUAUCGGCUGGGUGUGUGGAGGAGAGGAUCUGUCAGGUCCGCCGCCUCACCACCACCAUCUCCCCGCCUACCUCUGACCACCACGCCCUGCUGGUCUCCACGCUCCCACAUGUUCCCAUGGUAACCAAUGUGGACCUACCGCCCAAAGAGUCCAGUAUAUGAGGAGGAAGUAAGAAAAGAAAACAAACAAACUUGUUUUGGAGGCCUGACGUUACCGGUGAAGUUCGGUUCAACUUCCUGUGAAAACGACCGAAUCUCACACACACACACACACACACACACACACACACACACACACACACGCACCAUCUUUUCUCAGUGGAAUUUUACAACCUGAACCAGAAAUAUGGCGUGAAAGCAGCUGCUAUUUGAUCUCUUUGGACUUCUUUUCUUUGAUUCUCUCUACGUCCGUUUUGGACAAAAAUUACCAGCACACGUCCUUGUUUUUCUCAAGUUUUCCUCUUGGUCUUGAUUAAUUCGUGUUUUUUUUUGUUUUGUUUUUUUGUUUUUUUCACCAAAUGUGUGUGUAUGUGUGUGUGUGUGUGUGUGUGUUUGUUUAAUGAGAGAACCAAACAUGCACAUACACACACACACACACAUACCCAUACACACACACACACACACACACACACAAACAGGAAAACCCAACACUGAAAUGCAUUCAGGUCCCGACUCAGUGAAUGCUCUUCUCCAGGUACCUCAGCAACGACUUUCAUUUCUUUAGCUAUUUUCUUUUCUUUCUUUUUUUUAACCAUUUUCGGCAUGCAUUCUUUCUUCUACUCCUCCAGAUCUGGACUUUUCUACCUACCUGGCAACUUUGCAACUGCGUCACCUAGCAACCACCUACCAUCAACCUACCGUUGGGAUGUUUUUUUACUACAAUGCUGCAAAACCCUUGUAGGAACUCCACGACUGUUACGCAACAAAUACUGACUUUAGAACACUUGUUGUUCUACCUUUUCUCUGACUCAUUUUCUUUUCUGUUUUCUUCCUUCGACCACACACUAAUACUCACACACGACAAACCUUCGGAUCCAACGGGUUGCAUCCAAAAAUACAGGAAACAGGAAGUGAGGUCACAAGGAAAGACUGAAAACACAAAACCUAGAAAGACUGGAAAGACUGCUUGUUUUUAUGGGAAGGUUUCCUCUCUCUCUUCCUUUGUGUUCAGCUGUUCUAACUUGAAGUUGAAGACUGAGAGAGGUCUGACGGAAUUGCUUUUCAGGAACCAGGAGGCGAACGUCUUGCAUGCAGAGAUUUGAUUGGCUGACUGCGUUCAACCACAGCAUUUUGGUUGGCUCAGAAAUAAAACUUCUCAGGUAACCAGGUCUACAGGGGCUGGGGGAGGGGAUUCGACAGGACGCGAUGCCGGCCACAAGUUUUCAUGGCUGGGGAGGGGCGGCCAGCAGCAGGUGGGAGGGGCUUAUCUGAGGGUGCUCAAAGCCUAUUGGCUGUCCUGAAAAUGUAAAUUUGCAAGGUGCCCAAACAAGGGGGAACACAUGUUACCCUAAAAAAGGUGCAAGACCUCAUGAUGCAUAGAGUUGUGUAUGCAUUCAGGUCGGUGUGUGUGUGUGUGUGUGUGUGUGUGUGUGUGAGUGUGUGUAAGCAAGCAUGUGAGUGUGUGUGGUACAAUGUGGACACAACAGUCACAUGAUGUGACACGAUAAGUUUUCUUUUUUUUUUUAUUAUUUAGAUUUUAUACUGUUUGCGCUGAUUGUUUCAUGUUCUUAGUCUGGUCGUGUCUUACCUGGAGGUCAAUGAAGGACCUGUGACUUUUGACCUCCUCAGCUCUGUUUCCCUCCAACAUCCUAAACCUUCUGGUUUAGCUGUAACACUGCAGGAAGCUGGCCUCAGUAAGGAAGUCAGAUACAUUGGGCCUCAUGCAAGAAGCGGUAUAUGGACAAAUUCUUUUUUAUUUUUUGUUCAAAUCCACAAUUUGGUCUUAAUUUGUUACCCAGUGAUUUCUGGGAUUCACUAUUUUUUUUUUUGUUCUUUUCUUAGGUCAGAGAACAUUUAGUGAGUGGUUGAGAGCACUCUGACCAAGAAAAGAGAAAAUAUCCUGUUUUCACUGUACACAAAUUGUCCAACUCGAGGAAACAUAAUUUUAUUUUGAAGAAUAUUUUCUAAAAAUACAUGAAUAUCAUCAAAUUUACAUUAUUAUGUGUUACAGUGAUUUACUGAUUGGAUUAAUAAAAUCAUGGGCGAAAGAAAUACUACUAUCCAGGGCUCCAGACUAACUUUUUUUUGUAGGAGCACUGUAGCCCCUGACUGAAAAUUUUAGGGGCACAAGCAGAAAAUUUACAGGCAUACCUUAACGCAGUUAUUCACAUUUUUAGCCAUUUUAACUGUACCAUGAACUAUAUGUAGUCUACCGUAUAUUAACAUUGGACUGUUUUAAUUAUUGAAGUAUUUAACAUUACAAAGACUUGUGGUCAGUGGGAUGUAAGGAU